AAAAAAACAUUAUUUUGGUUCAUUUCUUUUUGAAGAAAAUAUUUAAUUUAUUAAUAUAAUUAGCACUAAAAUCUGAUGAACUUGGUUAUUUGUUACAUUCAUCAUGUCUUUUUUUUAUUUAACCGCUGUAAAAGGUGAUAUCCCCUCCCAUUUAUUGGAAACAAUUGCCUUUGAGAGAUUGCACUCUCUCAAAGAAAUUUUAAACACAAAUAAAUUGUAUUACAAUGAAUAUUUAGUAGAAGGUGGCAUAUAUGAUAAUGUGGGACAUUUCCUUGUAUGUAUUUUAACUAUUUUGUGUAAAAAUAUUGAGUUGAAGCGAUUCUUGUUGAAGACUGAAUGUAUCCUAUUUAAACGUCGUUUAGACUCUCUUAGCGCUUAUGAAUUGAGAUAUUUUGCAAAAAGAUUGUUACGAAGUAUAAAAAAAUAUCAGCAUUGUACAGACUUUAUUGAACCUUUGAAGAUAUCAUGUGAACAUUUAAUAUUAAAAGAUGUAGCUCAUCAUAUUUGUUUGGAAUCUCAUAAAUUUGAUUGUAAAGUUCAUAAUAUAUGUUUGAAUUUUAAGUACUGCUUGCCGUUGGUAGCCAAACGCGAGGUAGAGCUUAAAAAUGGUGUUGCCUUUAUUCCAUGCAGCAAGUGGAAACAAUUUUUAACUAUAUUGUUCUUCAUGAAUUUAAGUCAAAGGCUGAAUAAAACUAAUGUGGAGGUACUAGUAUCAGACCCUAGAAUAUUAGAUUUACUUGACAAAUUGAAAGGGCAAAUUAAUCCCUUGCUAAGAAUCAAUCACAGUAGACAAGUAUUGUACAGUACGCAAGUAGAUAAACAAUCACAAAAUUUCCCUCCGUGUAUGUUGAACCUUCACCAGCAAUUAAGAAAAAGGCAUAGAUUGCCACACACCCAGAGGUUUUAUUACAGUCUGUUUCUCAAAGACAUUGGUAUGCCUGUCGAUGAAGCUGUUAACUUCUGGCGAACUGAAUAUCAACAAAUGCCCAAUGGUACUCAUAGCUGCUGCCAUAAUUGGGAGAAAGAUGAAAAGAAAUUUGUUUAUGGCAUCAGACACAUGUAUGGUUUAGAAGGAUGCAGGAAAAGUUAUAGUUCUGUGAAUUGUCACCGGAUCCAGAGCGAAGACAAUUCAUGUAAUGCAGUUGGAUGCCCCUUUAAGAUAUUCGAACAUGAAAGAAUGCUCCACAUUUUAAAUAUGGACUCUACUGAACCAAUAUUGUCACAAAUAUAUGAAUUGAAAUCUAGAUAUAAUUAUACAGCUGCAUGUAUGAAAUAUAUGCAGAGUAAACAUUUAGUCAUGAAAACAAAAUGUGAUAUUGAAAAUGCUACCUUUAAUUUUACUCCUGUCAAAUUUUAUGACAAUGCUUCAAUGAAAUCUAAUGAUGUUAUAUGACAAUGGUUUAUACAUAAAUAUAUAUGUUUCUCU